AAAUCUCUAUAAUUAAUCAUCUAAGAGCACAAAAAUAUGGAAGGAGCUAAGAAGCAAUGCCAUUUCAUCCUAGUCCAUGGAGCAUGUCAUGGAGCUUGGAGCUGGUACAAGCUCAAGCCACUGCUAGAGUCAGCGGGUCACCGUGUCACCGUGCUCGACCUGGCUGCCUCGGGCAUCAACAUAAAGGACAUCAAGGAUGUCCAUACCAUGCAUCAGUAUACCGAGCCCCUGUUGGAAAUUUUGGCUGCCCUGCCCUCGGGUGAGAGAGUCAUCCUUGUAGGGCAUAGCCUUGGAGGUUUAAAUUUGGCUCUGGCCAUGGACAAGUUCCCGAAGAAGAUCUCGGUUGGUGUUUUCAUGACAGCUUUCAUGCCGGAUACCACUCACCGGCCAUCAUAUGUCUUGGAUCAGUACUGUGAGAGGAUCCCUGCAGACGCCUGGUUAGACACUGAAUUUGCAGCCUACGGACGACCAGAGCAACCUCUUACAGCAAUGCUCUUUGGCGCCAAGUUUUUAGCUUUCAAGCUCUACCAGCUCACCCCUUCUGAGGUACUUACAAACGAAUUUUUGUUAAAUAAAUUGAGUUAAAUCCGACUUUUGAAAGGUUUUUUUUUUUUUUUU